AAUGUUGCAAAAACAUUUCACUCUUUGUCUGUGUGCAAAUCAGUCUGAUUGCGCAUUUUGUUAAAGAAGAAAAGACCUACGAAAAGACUGGAAAAGUGACACCAAUCGAAAAAUGGAGCCAGAUCGGAGUCAAAAGAAAUCGGAAUUCGAUUUCCGGCUAAUGUGUUGGAAAUACAUUCUAUUUAUCUUGAACGUGAUAUUUGUUAUCGCUAGUUCUGUGAUGAUAAUGAGUGGCAUAUCAAUAUCCGUCCUACUUUCUCCGUACAACGUCAUGAUGGAAUACGGUUUCAACACUUUGAUAAUAUUCGCCCUGGUAACCGGAAUAGUUCUCAUGAUCGUAGCUGUGGUUGGUAUUGCUGUAACCUUCAUGGAAAAGACAGCCUUUGCGAAUCUGUAUGGAUUGGCAAUGAUGUUGGUGUUCGUAUUACAAGUGGCCACAGCAGUCACCAGCUUCGUUCUGAUGUCUAAAUCGGGAGAUAUGGUCUCCAGACAACUCGACUCGAUGAUGUACUUUUAUUCAUAUGAACACGCGUAUCGACGGGAGGUCGAUUUGAUUCAGUCACAAUUCGAAUGUUGUGGCGUAUAUGAUAACACAGAUUGGCAAAAAUACGGCAAAUAUUCAACACCUUGGCAUGGUUUUACUCAGUCUUAUGACGAUUGGUAUCCGACGACCCAUCACACAACCACAUCUACUGAAGCACCCAGCGUUAUGAUGCCAGCAACGUGCUGCCGUCCAGACAGCAAUUACGUAGGCCAUACCUGUGAUCAAUAUCAUAGUACAGGAUGCUUCGAACCAAUCCGUCAAAUUGUUUCUGAAAGCGUUUUGAUCAUUGGUUCGUCGGCUCUUCUCUUUUCGGUUUUGCAGAUUUUAGGUAUUGUCGCAGGAUUUGCGUAUGCAAGGGCUAUACGAUGCAGAAAAACUCAACGCAACGUACAAAUUUGGAACAGUGAUCAAGGAGGUUACGCUACGUUACAUACAUAAUGAACAUGUACAAUAUUCCACAGUACAUCUUUAACUUAGCAAUUGGGUCGAAAAUGAUUGUAAGUUGUAAUUUAAACUAGGAAGCGAAAGCUCUCAAUAAACGAUAUAUGAUUACAAAC